AAAGACUAUAGUGUCGUAUCUCGUUUUCAUUUCGAGCAAAUUUAUUUUAUUUCCGAGAGAGAGAGAGAGAAGACGGCAGUACGAAGAAAGCGUUUUGAUCGGAGAGUACGAACUAUCCUUGUGUGUUGAGCUAGCUUUUGCAAUUUGAAGGACUCGAGAUCUGAGUAAUCUCUUGGUGUCUCGGUUUAUUCGGUAGAUACUGGAGGUGAAGAGAGCUCCUAGAAGUUACAAAGUUGAUGUUAAUAGGGUUUUUUAAUGGAAGACGAUGACUCUCCUUCUCCUUCUCCGGAUUUGGAUGCACAGAACCCUUAUGAUCGAUUGCUUGCUCUAGAUACAAGUACCGUUGAUUCAAAUUGUAACUUGGAUUCGGUUUCUGCUAUUUAUCUAGCAAUGAAGAGCUCUAAGCUGGAAUGUGUUGAUGAGCGUGGCCAAGAUUCCCUUAUUACCUCUGUAUCCAUGGAGGAUGAAGAGGAUGAGGAACUUGACGAGUUUGAUCCUUACCUGUUUAUCAAGAACUUGCCCAACUUGUCUUCUGUUGUUCCAACUUUUAGGCCGGUCUUGCUUCCUAAACAAACCCGAAGCUGCCCUCCUAUUUCUCUAGUCCUAGACCUUGAUGAAACUCUUGUGCAUUCGAGUCUAGAACCAUGUGAUGAGGUGGAUUUCACAUUCCCUGUUAAUUUUAAUGAAGAAGAGCAUAUGGUGUAUGUGCGGUGCCGCCCUCACCUCCAAGAGUUUAUGGAGAGAGUGUCCCGUCUUUUUGAGAUCGUCAUCUUUACAGCUAGCCAAAGUAUUUAUGCGGAGCAACUUUUAAACGUGAUUGACCCUAAGAGAAAGUUCUUUCGCCAUAGAGUGUACCGUGACUCCUGUGUUUUCUUUGACGGUAACUACCUAAAAGAUUUGUCUGUCCUUGGGCGUGAUUUAUCUCGUGUUAUCAUCGUCGACAACUCCCCACAGGCAUUUGGGUUCCAAGUGGAGAAUGGGGUGCCAAUAGAGAGCUGGUUUAAUGACCCGUCAGAUAAAGAACUCCUUCACUUGCUCCCAUUUCUUGAAAGCUUAAUUGGAGUUGAAGAUGUAAGGCCGAUGAUCGCCAAGAAAUUCAAUCUGAGGGAAAAGAUUGAUGCAGCUGUAGCUGCAGCUGAGUAUCCUGCUGAGGCGGGAGAUCCUUUCGAAAGGUAAAAUCUUUCUCCUAAACCUUGAAGGCAGAAUCUGGGCAUAAGAGCUGGCAUGUGGGUUACAAAUUUCAUGUUCGGUGACAAAAAAGAAGAAGACUUGCUCUUUAAGAAGAUGCUUUGGAAGUGUUUGGUUCCUAUUAACAAGGCUUGGAGGGGAUCAGAUACAUGUUAGAGAUAUAUAUAUGUAUAAGUAUAUCAAUGUUGUUUUUCAUAUUAGUUGGGUUUAAUUAAGAACUUGGUAUACGGAGAAGACAGGAUAGCCCUGUAAACAGUUUAAUGCACAAUAACUGUAAUUUUAUUGUUUUCUGGUUUAUUUACUACUCGUACACUGAUAGA